UGUCGAUAACUCCGAGACACUCAGUAUUUCAAAGUGCCUAGCACCAGGAUGACUAGACGCAAACCCUCCCCAGCUCUUGAUGUGGUCACUCAUCCCACUUCAUCUCAAUCUAUUAAUGGUGUCAGAAAAUCGCCUAGAUUAGCCAAACGCGUAAAAGGCAAGCCACUGUGCAUUGGCAUUGACCUGGGUACAGCCUAUGCUCGUGUAGCUGUGUAUCGCUAUGGACAAGCAGAAAUCAUAACAAACGAGCAGGGUAAUCGCACAACAUCGUCGUGCAUUGCCUUUGGCGAUGCUCAACGUUUGAUUGGCGAUGACGUCGAAAAUCAAUCAGCCAUAAAUCCAUUAAACACCGUUUUUGAUACCAAGCGCCUACUUGGACGUCAACUCAAAGAUGUCGAUCAGAAGCACUGGCCUUUCGACUUUGUGGCUGACGGUGGAAAACCGAAAGUUGAAGUCAACUAUAAAGACGAAAGAAAGGCAUUUUACGUUGAGGAAAUGAGCGCAGUGAUUCUUUUAAAGAUGAAGCAAAUUGCUGAAGCUCACUUGGGGACAGAGGUAACAGACGCAGUCAUCACAGUUCCUGCUAAUUUUAACGACUCGCAGCGCCAAGCAACGCGUGACGCAGGAACUAUUGCUGGUUUCAAUGUUCUGCGUAUCUUGAAUGAGCCCACAGCAGCAGCCAUUGCCUAUGGUGUUGAAAAGAAAAUGGAAGGCGAAGAAACUGUUUUGAUUUUUGACCUCGGUGGUGGUACGUUUGACGUUUCUGUCGUCACCGUAGGAAAGUUUAACACCAGAAGAAUAAUCAGUGUCAAAUCGACAGCUGGCAAUACCAAAUUGGGAGGCAUCGAUUUCGAUGAUCGAAUGGUUGACCAUUUUGCCCAAGAGUUUUACAGCAAACAUCAGAAAGAUCUAAUGUCUGACCCAAAAGCUUUAUAUCGUCUUCGUUUAGCUUGUGAUCAAGCCAAACGAACUCUUUCUUACGCCAAUCAGGCAUCGAUUGCAAUAGUUGCACUCCACGACGGCAUCGAUUUCAGUUCGUGCAUCACCAGGGUUCGUUUCGAAUACCUCUGCGCAGAUCUUUUCCAAAGUACGUUGGAUAUCGUGCAAAAAGCUUUGAACGACGCAGGAAUGACUAAAGACAUGAUGGAUGAGAUUAUAGUGAUAGGAGGUUCGACUCGCAUCCCAAAGAUUCGAAAACUUUUAAGCGAUUUUUUCAACAGAAGGGAAUUGUAUAGUUUUGAAGAUUCUCAUGAAGCUGUCGCUUGUGGCGCUGCCGUCCAAGCUGCAAUUCUACACCAUGAUACGUCAGAUGCUAUACAAGAUCUCCAGAUAUCGGACAUUGCUCCACUAUCCUGGGAUAUCCUCAUCGACGAUGGGGUCAUUAAGGCCACGUCUUCCAUUGUAAAAAAGAACAGCAAGAUUCCAAGACAUAUGCAAAUCUCCGUCACACGUACUUCUAAAUCUUCAAACGAGUUCGCAAUGAUGGUAUACGAGGGAGAAGAGCCUUCAGCCAAAGGUGAAUAUCGGAGGGAAUUCAACUUAACUGGCCUCCCCCUUGCUACAUUUGGUGUUGUAAAAACCGACAUUAUUUUCGAAAUUGAUGCCAACGGUACACUUGGCAUAACCGCCAUGGAAAACACAACUGGUCAUCUAGAGAAAUGUGCUGUUAAACAUGACGAAACUCGUUUGUCGGGCGAAGAAAUUGAAAAGUUAGUUAAGGAUGCUGCGUAUCAGCGUGACAUGGAUGAACUGUGGCGCGAACGAUUGUUGGCUAAGAACUCGCUUGAGUCUUAUUGCCUUAAAAUGAUUGACGCUAUUGAAAAUCAGAAAAAUGUGGUCGCCGAAUCCGAGAAAAAAACGUUAUUAGAUAAAUGCUUCGAAACCAUCAAAUGGAUAGAUGACAAUCAUCUUGCAAAUCAGGAAAAAUUUGAGGAAAAACUCGAAGACGUUAAAACUGUGUGUCAUAUGAUGACGAGCAGACUUUCUGAGAAUUCGGAAGACGAAAUUGAAGAUUCCGAUUACGAUGCGAGUGAUAUAGAUAGCGACGACGAAGAAGACGACAGCGAUGAAGACGACAGCGAUGAAGACGAAGAAGAAAGCGAAGACGAUGGAAUAGCACCGUUGAAAAAGCCAAAAAUUGAAUGUUGAAAUUUGUGUUUUACCUUUUUGCAAAGAUUGAAUCUCUCCGUUUGUUGUCUUGCC